UUGAAAAAAGAAGUCGGAAACUAACCAUGAAUGGCAAUCACAAAAUUAUCAUAUUUUUCAGCCUUCUUGCCGUGAGACUUGUUCAAAUUGCUGAAAGUUCUGUCGUUUCAACUGGAGACUUCAAUAAGGAUUUCUUCGUAACAUGGUCACCUAGCCAUGUAAACACUUCCGCCCAUGGCCGCGAAAGAAGCUUGAAGCUCGAUCAAGAAUCUGGCGCGGGCUUUUCUUCGAAUCAGAUGUUCUUGUUCGGGGAGAUUGACAUGCAAGUAAAGCUAGUUCCAGGCCAUUCAGCAGGCACAGUUGUGGCCUAUUAUUUGACAUCUGAUCAACCAAACCGUGAUGAGAUAGACUUUGAGUUCCUUGGUAAUGUGGCUGGUCAACCAUACAUUCUUCAGACAAAUAUUUUUGCUGAUGGAUUUGACAACCGUGAGGAAAGGGUUAAUCUUUGGUUUGAUCCAACAAAGGAUUUCCAUACCUAUUCCAUAUUAUGGAACCUUCACCAAAUUGUAUUCAUGGUGGAUUGGGUUCCCAUAAGAGUGUAUAGGAACCAUGCAGACAAGGGUGUCGGAUUUCCGCGGUGGCAGCCAAUGAGCAUCAAAGUCAGCCUGUGGGAUGGUGACAGCUGGGCGACUAGAGGCGGCCGCGACAAAAUCGAUUGGUCAAAAGGCCCCUUCAUAGCUUCCUUCAAGAACUACAAGAUUGAUGCUUGUAUUUGGAAUGGAAAUGCAAGGUUUUGCAGGGGAGAAAGCCCUACUAAUUGGUGGCACAAGCACAAGUACAGCACCCUAACAUCCACGCAGAGAAGGUUGUUCAAAUGGGUUAGAAAGUACCACAUGAUUUAUGACUAUUGCCAAGACAAUGAGAGGUUCCAAAACAAUCUUCCAAAGGAGUGUUCCCUACCGAAAUAUUGAUCAAAAUAGGAAUUUCAUUUAUUUUUUGUUAUUUUUUUUUUAUUGCCAACUUAAUAUUCAUAUCAUAUAUGUGAGGCUGUAACAAGGAAAAGAGGAAUCAUUAGUUAAAGAUUGGAGCUUAUUAGAUCAAAGUAUUUGUACCUUG